AUGGACGACUUCUUCACAUUCGAUAAGCACGGGGAUGACGGCGACAAAUACAGCGACGCCAUCGGCCUGCGCAACGCACGCGACAAGAAGAUCCAGAUCGAACUGUCCCUCGCCCUCGGCCUCAUAUCGUUCUUCGCCUUCUGCGUGCUCCGUCCACGAUGGGCGGGCCUCUAUGCUGCGCGCAAGAAGCACAAGCACGAAGCCACGGUGCUGCCAGAGCUGCCCGCCACCGCCUUCGGCUGGAUCAUGCCGCUAUGGAGGAUUGGGGACCAGCAGAUACUCGCAUCCGCCGGCCUGGACGCAUACGCCUUCUUGACCUUCUUCAAGAUGGCGAUGAAGUUCCUGUUGGUCACGCUGUUCUUCUCGUUGAUCGUCAUCAAGCCGGUGCACGACGCGAAUCCCGACGAUGAUGCGAGGAACCCCAAGAAUGGCACCCAUCAUCACAAGCACAAGAAUGGCACGAAUGGGGACUUAUUUGCGACCCAGCCGAUGAGCAUGCCAUACAACGGUACAAUGCCCUGGCCAGAGGACUUCGAGAGCGACUAUCUCUGGAUGUACGUUGUCUUCGCGUACCUGUUCUCCACCAUCGCCAUCUACUUGAUUGUGACAGAAACGAAGAAGGUCAUUGAGGUCAGGCAGGAAUACUUGGGUACGCAGACGUCUAUCACAGACAGGACAAUAAGGUUAUCGGGCAUUCCAGAGGACCUCCGAGAUGAAGGCAAGCUCCAGGAGUUCAUCGAGAGCCUGGACAUUGGCAAGGUGGAGAGUGUGACGGUGUGUCGAAAUUGGAAAGAGCUGGACGCUGCAGUGGUUGCUCGCAUGGACGCUCUGAGAAAGCUAGAAGAGGCGUACACCAUCAACCUGGGACAACGAAGGGUUGAGCGCAACCUGGAAUCGCUGCCAGUGUCACAGCCAGCACCUCCGAGCCCCGCAGCGCGUGAUCUGCUGGGUGACGAUGACGAGGCGGAUGAGGCAACAGGACUCGUGGAAGCGAACGCGCAAUCUCAUCCAGCACCGUACGAGCGACAGCGACCAAAGACGAGCAUACGGUACGGCUUCAUGAAACUACGAAGCACGCAGGUCGACGCUAUCGACUAUUACGAAGAGAAGUUCCGAUCGGCAGACGAGCUGGUCAGACGACUUCGCAAGAAAAGCUUUGACCCAGUCCCACUGGCCUAUGUCACCAUGGACUCAGUCGCUGCAUGCCAGAUGGCUAUUCAAGCCGUGCUGGGUCCCUCGCCUCUGCAGCUGAUCGCCAGCCAAAGUCCUGCUCCAGCCGAUGUGAUUUGGCCGAACACAUACUUGCCCAGACGCUCUCGCAUGGUUCGUGCAUGGUCAAUCACCAUCGUCAUCGUGCUCCUCACGAUCUUCUGGUCGGCUCUCUUCGUACCCAUCGCUGGUCUUCUGAACACCAAGACCAUCGGGAAGAUUUUUCCGCAGCUGGCCGAAGUUCUCGAUGACCACGCCAACAUCCGAUCCCUUGUCAACACCCAGCUGCCAACUCUCAUAUUGACCUUGUUGAUGGUCCUCGUGCCCUACCUCUACUACUGGAUGUCCUGGUACCAAGGCAUGACCUCUCAGGGCGACGUCGAGCUCUCGGCAAUCUCGAAGAACUUCUUCUUCACCUUCUUCAACUUCUUCAUCGUCUUCACCCUGUUGGGCACGGCAUCGCAAUUCUACCUGUUCUUCAAGCAAUUCGGCGAUGCGCUCAAGAGCUUUAACGCGAUUGCCAACGGCCUCGCCUACUCCCUCCAGAAGCUUCUCAACUUCUACGUCAACUUCAUCAUCCUGCAAGGCCUCGGCCUGUUCCCUUUCCGCCUGCUGGAAGUUGGCGCCGUCACUCUCUAUCCGGUGUACCGCAUCGGCGCCAAGACACCGCGCGACUACGCCGAGCUCGUGCAACCGCCGGUCUUCAGCUAUGGCUUCUACCUUCCCACCGCGCUGCUCAUCUUCAUCAUCUGCAUGGUCUACUCAGUCCUGCGCUCUUCCUGGCAGGUCCUCCUCGCAGGUCUGAUCUACUUCACCUUUGGCCACUUCGUCUACAAAUACCAGCUUCUUUAUGCCAUGGACCACCAGCAGCAAGCCACGGGACGUGCCUGGGUUAUGAUAUGUGACCGCGUGUUUGUCGGCUUGAUCUUCUUCCAGCUCACCACUGCCGGACAGCUUCUGCUUAAGUCUGCCGCUGCGCGAAGCCUGCUCAUCGUCCCGCUGAUAAUCGUGACGAUCUGGAUCAACAUCCUGUACGGCCGCACAUAUAAGCCGCUGAUGAAGUUCAUAGCUUUGCGAAGUGUGCAGCGCGGGCAGCAGUACUCCGACUAUGCAUCCCCUCCACCAGAGCCAAACAGCGCGGCUGAGGCGAGGAGUACAACCAGUAGCACCGACCUUGCUCCUGAGCGCGAUGCGUGGGCUGAGACGACCAGCGGCGCACAUCUAAGGUACUUCCGGGAGACAAGAGUGGGCGUCGCGAAGCCUGCUGUCGAUGAGAGCGACGAGACGGGGCUGCGGUUUAUGAACCCGAGCCUGAUUGCGCCUCUGGAUGGGUUGUGGAUUGCUGAUAAGGAAUUUCGAAGGGAAGAAGGCAGGAUUGGAAUGGAUGCCGCUAUUAUCGAAGGUCGGGUGGGCAUCUACCUCGACCUCCUCGCCACCUCAAGCACUCCCUCCGAAUCAGCGUGGGAGACUGCAGGCGCGGUUACCAACGAAGCAUCCAGCAGCUCUGCUGUUAUAGACUUUGGUUCCAGCGAUGAGGCGGCUUCAAGCCCAACGAGAGGAAGAAGGGACGUCACCGUGGGAGACUUCGACGAGUUGUCUGUCAAUGCCGGAUCGAUGGGCGAGAGCAAUAUUCUGCACCAGUGUAUCGAAGUCGUUACUCAGCGCAGCUGGGCACAUUACUACCACGGCAGGCGAGCAAGGCUGCGCGGCAUGAGGCAUACGCCUGCUGUAAUGAAUGGUGUCUGGCCUCGAGCGCUCACCAUUUCGGGAGGGGAGAAAAACAAGGAGCAGCUGUCGUACUCGCAGUUGGUAUACCGGAACGUUUGCAUGGACGAAGAUCCGCCGACCUCGAUCGCCAUCAGUCCGACGAGACAGUGUGUUGCCUUUGGCUGCAAGAGUGGUGUUGAGCUUUACUGGAUUGACUCGACGACAGGCCAGAACCUCAACCGCUGGUUCCCUCUCACCCGCCCGUCAGACCACCUCUACUUCCUUCCCCCACGUCAGAACAUCGACACUCGCCUCCGUCUGCGUCUCAUCAGCAGUGCGACCAAAUCUCCGGAUGACCACAACACCGCGGUCACCACCCGUAGCCCGCACCGCAAUUCCUGGUUCUCUCUAUCAUCCUCGUGGCAUGUCCCUGCUACUCUUCCUCGCUCCGAGAUACCUCACACAGCUGAUCACGCUUACGCUGUCCCUCUCAGCGACGGCCAUCAUCUCCUCUUCACGGACACGCAGACCGGACAUCUGUGUUUGUGCAGCGACACACCCACCGGCAGCGUGCAGCGCCUCUCACGCAAAGUCGUCUUCACACCUCCCCCCUCAUGCUCUCCAGGCUCAAGUCCGACGAUCUACGGGGCAGUCGCAGACCUCUCGAUGGGCCUCCGCAUCGCCGCUGUCUACGGUGACAACAUUGUUCUCUACUCAGUCCCAGUGGACGCACUCCGUUACUCGACUGCAGAGCAGGAGCAGGCGAUCCAGGACCCAUCAGUACCGUUCGAGGAGCUGGUUUGGGUAGAUGUCAUGAAACAUCCGACCAGCAAUUCCUCAGCUCUGGGCGAGGCAGGAGUAGAUGUGCCGAGGAAGUUCGAGCGGCUGAACAUGAAGUGGGUGCAUUACUUGCUGGCUGACGGCGAUGGGAGGGUGGGGUCGCUGGAUACGCUGUGGCCGCUGCACAUUUCCGGAACGAAGGUAGGGAAGCUGAACGAGGUGCGAGCGCUGGCGGUGCAGGAGGAUCGCUGCGAUGGGUUGGUGGUGUGGGCGUUCAGUGCACGGGGAGUGGCGAAGGCAUGGAAGGUAAACAACGGGCGGCGACCGGUGGAGCACUUUCACUUUACUGCUGAUGCCGAUGGUGCGGCACGUUGA